UUUAGACAGACUCCUGAAUGCGACCUCCCAAAUCUUCAACCAAGACACCGAUAGAUUCUCAUCAAGCUGUUAAAAGUUAAAACCAUGCUACUCCAUUAGAGCUCACAUAGACUACUCACACAGAUACACGAAUAGAUCUAGAGAGAGAGAGAGAGAUGAGCAGGAGAUCUGGAUCGUGUUUAAGGUGUUGUUUGGUGAUUUUCGCAGUGAUUUCAGCACUCUGUGUAUCUGGGCCAGCUCUUUAUUGGAGGCUCAAAAAGGGUUUUAAUUUGAAAGGAGGUUCUUCGAUCUCUUGUACUCCAUGCAUCUGUGAUUGCCCUCCUCCUCUCUCCCUUCUCAAGCUUGCUCCUGGAUUGGCCAAUCUUUCGAUUACAGAUUGUGGGAAGGAUGAUCCGGAUUUGAAGGAAGAAAUGGAGAAGCAAUUUGUGGAUUUACUAUCAGAAGAGUUGAAACUGCAAGAAACGGUUGGGGAAGAACACAUACGCCAUAUGAACAUCACGUUUGGCGAAGCGAGAAGGGUGGCCGCUCAGUAUCAAAAGGAGGCCGAAAAAUGCAACACCGCUACGGAAACAUGCGAACAAGCGAGAGAGCAAGCCGAGGCGUUAAUGAGGCAAGAAAGAAAGAUAACUUCGUUAUGGGAACGAAGAGCUAGACAACUCGGUUGGGAAGGAUAAUAACUAUGAAUUAUUUGUUUCUUUAAUCCGGGAUUUCGAUCUUUAUUGAAGUUGUACGUCGUGAAUCGAUAUCGCCACUUACGGUAAUUUUGUUGAAAUAUUUUCAACCCUACCAUUCACAAGUUGAUUAUCCCUUCUUGUUCUUUCU